AGGUCCGUCCACACCACUCGCCACUCCCACGAGUGAAGACUGACAUCCGCUGUCCGUCUGUACAUAUGUAUGAAGUUCGAUGGAGACAGUUUAUGAACACGAACACACAGUGUUACACCGUAGCGUGAUAUGUCAAUGAGGAUCGUUGCCGCCUAUACAAGCAGUGGAGAAAAUACGUGUCGUAUGUUAAAAAUUCCUGACAAAGGGUGUGUUCGUGACUACAUACUGUAUUCGUAACGCGGCACAGAACCAACGGCUCGCGAAUAUGCCGUAGUACUACCGUGGUUCACAGGCAAACGGUGUGUUGAACGUGUAAUGGUGUAAUAAUAUGUAAUGCAGGAUUUCAGUUAAACAAACAUGGGUGAAAUUGCGCGCUGCCCACCUAGAGGAAUCAAACAAACAACACGAGGGAAGCUGCGCACUGUCCAAUUGUAGGAUUCCAAUCAAACAAAUGACAUGGGUGAAGCUGCGCGCUACCCACUUGGAGGAAUCAAACAACACGGUUAAAGCUGCGCGCUGCCUACUUGGAGGAUUUCAAUCAAACAAACAACACCGGUGAAGCUGUGCGCUGCCCAUUUGUAAGAUUCAAACAAACAACACGGGUGAAACUGCACGUUGCCCACUUGGAGGAUUCCAUUCAAACAAAUAACACGUGUGAAGCUGCGCGCUGUCGACUUCGAGGAAUCAAACAACACGGGUGAAGCUGUGCGCUGCCCACUUGGAGGAUUCCAAUUAAAUGGCUCUGAGAUGGGGCACUUGAAUGUGGUGGUAGUUGUGGCCAUGCUGACGGGCUGCGUUAUGGCGUCACAGAGUGUUGGAGACCAGUUGGUAGUAAGCACGGAGGAUGGGAAGAUCUCAGGCUUCAGGGAAUAUUCAACGAAGGGACGAGCAUUCUACUCUUUUCAAGGCAUUCCAUAUGCUAAGCCUCCUGUGGGGCAACUUCGUUUCAAGGAUCCAGUAGCAAGCGAAGGGUGGACAGGAGUAAGGGAUGGAACGAUGGUGCCGCCAACAUGUUCACAGAUACCCUUCUUCGAGCUAACCAUGAAGGAAAGAAAGUAUAAGGGAGAGGAGGACUGCCUUUUCCUUAACGUUUUCUCUCCAGUGCCUUCAGAAAAUGAGGAGCCUCUACCCGUCCUAGUGUUCCUGCACGGCGGGGGCUUUUUCGCAGGGGGUAUGGAUUACUACAAUGGCUACGUCUUGAUGAACGAGGACGUCAUCAUGGUUCUCGUGCAGUACCGUCUCGGCGUGCUGGGUUUUCUGUCAACGGAGGAUUCUGUGAUGCCAGGGAACUUUGGGCUCAAGGAUCAGACAUUGGCACUCCACUGGGUGCAGAGGAACAUCCGUCAUUUUGGAGGGGACCCAGAGCGUGUGACUCUCUUCGGAGAGAGUGCGGGAGGCGCCUCUGUCCACUUUCACUUGCUAUCUCCAUACUCCCAUGAUCUAUUUGUUCGUGGCAUCAUGAUGUCAGGAACUUUGCUCAGCCCAUGGGCCAUGGGUGGCGCCCACAAGGACGUUGCAUGGCACACAGCCAGGCUGUUUGGAUGCCCAGAGCCUCAGAACAGUAAUGGGCUAGAGGCCAGCGAGGCUUUGCUGCGCUGCCUGCAAGGUGUUGACGUCAAGAACCUGACUUUAUCUCUAAUGGAUCAUGUGUCAAUUAUCUUCAACCCUGUUCUCAUGGGACCACGAGUGGACGGGGACUACCUACCUGCAGAGCCAGAGGUGCUGAUGGCCAAGGGGAGGCACAAGAUCACCGAUAUCAUCUCGGGCAUCACUGCUCACGAGGGUGGACUGUUCGCGCUGCCUUUGUACAGCAGUGACAGACUUCAAUCUGACCUAGUAAACAACUUCAGUGAAAUGGGACCAGCCUCUUUGGAGAUUAAUGAAGGAGACAGAGAGCCUUUACUUAUAUCGCACAAGAUAUUUGACUACUACGUUGGAGGUGUGAAAGUUGAAAAGGAAAAUGCUGAUAAGAUAUGCCAACUUUUUGGUGACCGUCACUUUAACAUUGGCCACGAUCUUGUGUCAGCGCUUUACGCCAGGAAUGCUGCACCUAAGAAGAUGUUUCUGUACUCCUUAGAUCACCGAGGACAAAGAUCCUUCGACCAGUUUUACGACGUAGAUAUUGAUCAAAAGUGGGUGAGUCAUGUUGACGAUUUGUUCUACCUUUUUACGGGUGGAACAACAGUGUUCACCCCUUUGGAAAGGGAUGACGAUCUGAGACUAAGGGACAUCAUCACCAAGCUGUGGGUUAAUUUUGCUGCAUCAGGGAAUCCUACUCCUGAUGAUUCUCUUGGGUUUAUCUGGCAACCUGCUGCUGAUGAUUACUUGCAGCAUUUAUCCCUCACACCAACACCAGUCAUGAAGGACGACACCAGGAAAGAGGUUCGUGCUUUUUGGGAAACACUGCCCACAAAGCAAAACCUCAUUCUCCACCCCGAGAAGGUUGUUCCCAUCUCGGAAGACACCCCUAAAAGAUCACCAGGAGCAAGAAGUUCAACUGCUCCCAUGAGCGUGAAGAAGUACAGACUUACUGAUGAACUUUGAAUAAAGUGCUGCAAUGAAGUUCGUCUCUGUUUAAAAGCAUAAUGAAAAAAAAAAAAUAAAUAAAUAACUCGUUGCCAAAAUAUUGUUAAAUUUGUUAUGAAGUUGGCGGCCGCUGGAUAAAUCCAGUCCUUGAACAGUUUUUCAUACUCCUUUGGCACUUAUGAAACAAUUAUUACAUGUAUUCAUUCAUCCAUUCAUUCAGAUACUUAAGAAAAUUCUACUAAAAACAGAUACAUCAUGACCUAGUGCAUUAAUUAUAUGAAUGAAACAUUAAAUGGUUGCUGAAUGAAGUGUAGAAAAAAACGCACAACUCUGUUCUCGUAGCUCUGUGAGCAGUGUGUCUCCACUUUCGCCAACGUAGACUUUCAUGAUUCACUAAUAGGAUAGUGGUAUGGUAGUUGAGCAUUAGAGUUUUCUCCAAAUGUUGUAUAUGUAUAGUGAUAGCUUUUCUUCCAUGUUCACACUCUUGAAUGAAAUGAUACUGGGAGAAGA